CACAUAAAUGUAUACACACAUAUAUACACUCACACACAUACAGUACUCGUGCACAUGUGUACACACAGAUACCCAAAGGGUCACUCCUAAGCACAUUCCCACUGUAGUCACCCAUACCCCUAGUCCAGGGUUCCAUGUGCCACUGUGCUCUUUCGUGGCCCCGUGGGUGCACAGUCACCUCCUAGAGGCCCGACCCCUCCUGACACUCUCGCUCCUAUGACUGGAUUGUUUUGCUCAUUGCACUUGGCACCCUAUGAAAUGACUGCAUCGGUCCCAGUCCUUGUUGGCGCUCUGCCUCCUCCUACUCAGGGACCUUAUCUGUGGUGUCCCCGGUUCCAGUCCCAAGCUGAUCCUGGGGCAGAGUCCAGGGUGCUCAAGGCUCCUCCGCACACGCCUGCUGAACCCUGAGCGCCUUGAGCCACCGGGAUGGGGUGGGCCCCAGCCUCCGCCAUGAUCCCGGGCCUGGCCCUGCUCUGGGCUGCGGUGCUGGGGGGUGCUGCCCCCAGCCCCCCACGUCUGCGGCUCUCCUUCCAAGAGCUCCAGGCUCGGCAUGGUCUCCGGACUUUCAGGCUGGCGCGGACCUGCUGCUAUGAGGCUUUGCUGGUGGAUGAGGAGCGCGGACGCCUGUUUGUGGGUGCUGAGAAUCACGUGGCCUCCCUCAGCCUGGACAAUAUCAGCAAGAGGGCCAAGAAGCUGACCUGGCUGGCUCCUGUGGAAUGGCGAGAGGAGUGCAACUGGGCUGGGAAAGACAUUGCUAUCGAGUGCAUGAACUUUGUGAAGAUGCUGCACAUGUACAACCGCACCCACUUGCUGGCCUGUGGCACAGGGGCCUUCCACCCCAUCUGUGCAUUUGUAGAGGUGGGCCAGGGGCUGGAGGAGCCGGUGCUCCGGCUGGACCUGAGAAGCCUGGAGGAUGGCAAAGGAAAGAGUCCUUAUGACCCCAAGCAUCAGGCUGCCUCCGUGCUGGUGGGGGAGGAGCUGUACUCGGGGGUGGCUGCAGACCUCAUGGGCCGGGACUUCACCAUCUUCCGCAGCCUGGGCCACAGGCCGAGCCUCCGCACAGAGCCCCACGACUCGCGCUGGCUCAAUGAGCCCAAGUUCGUCAAGGUCUUUUGGAUCCCGGAGAGCGAGAACCCGGAUGACGACAAGAUCUACUUCUUCUUCCGUGAGUUAGCGGUGGAGGCGGCACCAGCACUGGGACGCCUCUCUGUGUCCCGCGUCGGCCAGAUCUGCCGGAACGACGUGGGUGGCCAGCGCAGCCUGGUCAACAAGUGGACGACGUUUCUCAAGGCGCGCCUGGUGUGCUCGGUGCCUGGCCUCGAGGGUGACACCCAUUUCGAUCAGCUCCAGGAUGUGUUCCUGCUGCCCACGCGGGACCGCCGCAGCCCGCUGCUCUACGCCGUUUUCACCACGUCCAGUGGAGUCUUCCAGGGCUCGGCGGUGUGUGUGUACAGCAUGAACGACGUGCGCCGGGCUUUCCUGGGACCCUUCGCACACAAGGAGGGACCCACGCACCAGUGGGUGUCCUACCAGGGCCGCGUCCCCUAUCCCCGGCCUGGCAUGUGCCCCAGCAAGACCUUUGGCACCUUUAGUUCUACCAAGGACUUCCCAGAUGAUGUCAUCCAGUUUGCCCGGAACCACCCUCUCAUGUACAACCCAGUCCUGCCCAUGGCGGGGCGCCCUCUCUUCCUCCAAGUCGGUGCGGAGUAUACCUUCACCCAGAUCGCUGCUGACCGUGUAGCUGCUGCUGAUGGACAAUACGACGUCCUCUUCAUUGGCACAGAUGCAGGCACCGUGCUGAAAGUGAUCUCGGUCCCCAAAGGCGGCAGGCCCAUAGGGCUGCUCCUGGAGGAGCUGCACGUGUUUGAGGACUCUGCCGCCAUCACCAGCAUGCAGAUCUCUUCCAAGAGGCACCAGCUGUACGUAGCCUCGCGGAGCGCGGUGGCCCAGAUCGCGCUCCACCGCUGCGCUGCCCACGGCCGCGCCUGCGCCGAAUGCUGCCUGGCGCGUGACCCCUACUGCGCCUGGGACGGGGCCGCUUGCACGCGCUUCCAGCCCAGUGCCAAGAGGAGAUUUCGACGGCAAGACAUAAGGAACGGCGACCCUAGCACGUUGUGCUCCGGGGACUCUUCCCGCCCUGCGCUGCUGGAAAGGAAGGUGUUCGGCGUGGAGGGCGGCAGCACCUUCCUGGAGUGUGAACCCCGCUCACUGCAGGCGCGCGUGGAGUGGACCUUUCAGCGUGAGGGGGAAGCACCCCGCACCUUGGUACCCGCAGAGGAUCGCGCGGAGCGUACGGCGCAGGGGCUGCUGCUGCGCGGGUUGCGGCGCGGGGACUCGGGCGUGUACCUCUGCUCUGCCGUAGAGCAGGGCUUCUCGCAGCCUCUGCGUCGCCUGUCGCUGCACGUGCUGAGCUCCGCGCAGGCCGAGCAGCUGGCACGGGCCGAGGAGGCUGUGCCCGCAGCGUCGCCGGGCCCCAAGCUCUGGUACCGAGACUUCCUGCAGCUAGUGGAGCCCGGUGGCGGUGGCGCGAGCUCCUUGCGCAUGUGUCGCUCACCGCCCGCGCAGCGUCCGCCACCGCCUGCACCGCGGAAGAAGGGCCGCAACCGGCGGACUCACAGCCCCGAGCCGCGCGCCGAACGGUGGCCACGCAGCGCUUCUCAUUGGUGACUCGGGCGUUUCCACGCCGAGGACAGGCAGAAGACGACGGGCGGGAGAGGGGUCGGAUAGACCUGGGACACGGAGACGGAUAGAUCGGAACUGGGCUCCCUGCGGAUUCCAGCCGACUGACUGAAACACCGACAGGCUCUUGUUGAGGGGCAGCCGCCAGGCUUAUUUAUUAACAGAAGAUAACCUUUGAAUGUAGCCCUGAGAGGGGUGGCCCAGGCUGGGUGUGGGGUCUGGCAGGUCGGGAGGGGGUAGACAAAGCAGGGCUCUAGAGCAACCACAAGGGCUGUGGAGGUGCCAGGAGUGCACACCCUGGGAGACCCCUCCUUGGGCAGCCAGCAGGAAGCUGUGAACAGGCCGGGCUGCUGGGGGCAGGGGUGGGGCAGGCCGGCUGUACUAAAACAACGCAAUAAACACAUUAUCAGCCAAAGCUACAACGGCCCCAGUGGGCAGCCUCUA